GUAGGAAGAAUAUUCCCGUAUGUCAGGACGCUUGAUUAGCAUUUCAUCCUGAGCGCCGAGCUUAGUCUAGGAUGCCCGGUUACUAACUGCUUAUGCUAUACUACCGGUAACUCUGUUAGGCUUGGCAAAGUAGUUUCGGAACUGUCACAGCCUGCUUCCGAAGGCAUCUUGCCUGUUAGACGAUGGAGGGACGGAUUUUCACCCUGAAUCUAGUUGUCAUCUUCUGCUUGUUCCAGGUCACCCAGCAGGGACAGCACCAGCGGCGUCUCUACAAGGACCUGAUGAGGAACUACAACCCUCUGGAGCGUCCGGUGUUCAACGACUCCCACUCUCUCAUCGUGCACUUCAGCUUCAGCCUCAUGCAGAUCAUGGACGUGGAUGAAAAGAACCAGGUCCUGACUACCAACAUCUGGCUGCAGCUGUACUGGACGGACCACUACCUGCGCUGGAACGCCACAGACUACCCUGGAGUCACCAACGUCAGGUUCCCCGACAGCCAGAUCUGGAGGCCCGACAUCCUGCUGUACAACAGCGCUGAUGAGCGGUUUGAUGCUACCUUCCACACCAACGUGCUGGUGAACUCUACGGGCUACUGCCAGUACCUGCCCCCAGGCAUCUUCAAGAGCACAUGCUACAUAGACGUUCGCUGGUUUCCCUUCGAUGUCCAGCGCUGUGACCUCAAGUUUGGCUCGUGGACGUAUGGCGGCUGGUCCCUGGACCUGCAGAUGGUGGAGGCGGACGUGACCGGAUACAUCGCUAACGGAGAGUGGGACCUGGUUGAGGUCCCGGGGCGUAGGAGCGAGCGUUUCUACGACUGCUGCAAGGAGCCGUACCCUGACGUGACGUUCACCGUGGUGAUGCGGCGUCGGACGCUGUACUACGGCCUGAACCUCCUCAUCCCCUGCGUGCUCAUCUCCACCCUGGCCCUGCUGGUCUUCCUGCUGCCUGCUGACUCCGGGGAGAAGAUCUCUCUGGGGAUCACGGUGCUGCUCUCUCUCACGGUCUUCAUGCUGUUGGUCGCUGAAAUCAUGCCCGCCACAUCCGACUCUGUACCCCUCAUAGCCCAGUACUUUGCCACCACCAUGGUCAUCGUGGGCUUGUCGGUCAUCGCUACCGUCCUGGUGUUGCAGUACCACCAUCACGACCCAGACGGAGGCAAAAUGCCAAAGUGGACACGCGUGGUGCUGCUGAACUGGUGCGCCUGGUUCCUGCGUAUGAAGCGUCCGGGGGAGGAGCGCGUGCGUCCAGCCUGCCACAACAAGCAGCCCCGUGGCAGCCUGGCCAGCGUGGAGACCAGCCUCCACCAGGGGGCGCUCACGCCCUCCAACGGCAACAUGCUCUACCUGGGCUUCCGGGGGAUGGACAGCAUGCACUACAGCACCUCCCCCGACGCUGGUGUGCUCUGCUCCAGUCUGGUGGGACCUGGGGAGGAGGAGGUGCUGUUGCCCAGGGUGGGGCUCUCCUCCCUGGGCAGCGCCGGGCCCGGCGGGGGCCUGUGCCCUGGAGGCUCCGGGGGGACGGACCUCACCAAGAUCCUGGAGGAGGUGCGGUACAUCGCCAAGCGCUUCCGGAGCCAGGAUGAGGACGAGUCUCUGUGCAGCGAGUGGAAGUUUGCGGCGGCGGUGAUCGACCGGCUGUGUCUCAUGGCCUUCUCGGUGUUCACCAUCCUGUGCACCAUUGGCAUCCUCAUGUCUGCUCCCAACUUCGUAGAGGCCAUCUCCAAAGACUUCUUCACCUGAGACCUGAGGAGCACACACACACAUACAGCACAUAAACACACCCCCACA